CGAGUGUUAGCCAAAACAAGCCAACAAGAAACAACACUUUGGACGCGAAUUGGCUGUUUCUGUUGAUUUCGCACCAUAUUCCCGGCAUUUUCGUAUAGUAAUUUGUGUGUACUGGAUCGGCAAACGCGUCAACCCCAAACGGCACAAGGCAUCUAUUCGAAAAGCGCCACAGCGUCGCGUUGUGCCUAUUCGUAGCGGUUGGAAGGUUUGUUUGCAUCGCUUGUUUACACGCUACCGAGACCUUUGCCAGCCACCAGCCAUGGACCAGAUGCUGCCGAGUCCGGGAUUUUCGAUCCCCAGCAUCGGGACGCCGCUGCACCAGCCGGAGGAGGAUCAGCAGAUUCUGCCCCACGCCUACCAGCAGCAACAGUCGAUGCCACACAUGACACCGAUGGGUGGCCUUAGCUCGAGCAACUACACAAUGCCGGCCAUCGGUUCGACGUCCGGCAAGAGCAUGCACACGUACGCGCCCAGCUUCUCCACCCCGCAGAACAUGAUUCAACCACAGACACCGCAAAGUCUCAUGUCACCGAUGGUGCCGAUGACGGAAUCGAAGGCGGCAGCAACACCGAGCCACCCGCAGAGCGGCAGCGGGGGCAGCGUGCGGGAUCCGGAAAACAUCGGCAGCGUCAACAUCCACCAGACGAUGGGUCCCGCCACCCCGAUGACACCGAUGACGCCGAGCGAACCGGCCAUCCUGCCGCAGCUGCAAAACAUCGUCUCGACGGUGAACCUGAGCUGCAAGCUCGAUCUCAAAAAGAUUGCCCUGCACGCCCGUAACGCCGAGUACAAUCCGAAGCGUUUCGCUGCGGUCAUCAUGCGCAUCCGGGAGCCGCGCACGACCGCGCUGAUUUUCUCCUCCGGCAAGAUGGUGUGCACGGGCGCGAAGAGUGAGGACGAUUCGCGACUGGCGGCGCGAAAGUACGCGCGUAUCAUACAGAAGCUUGGCUUUACGGCCAAAUUCCUUGACUUUAAGGUACAGAACAUGGUGGGCAGCUGUGACGUGCGGUUUCCGAUUCGGCUGGAAGGGUUGGUGCUAACGCACGGUCGGUUCAGCUCGUACGAGCCGGAACUGUUCCCCGGACUGAUAUACCGUAUGGUGAAGCCGCGUAUCGUCUUGCUCAUUUUCGUGUCCGGCAAGGUGGUGCUGACGGGGGCUAAGGUGCGGCAGGAGAUUUACGACGCGUUCGAAAACAUCUACCCGAUUCUAAAGAGCUUCAAGAAACAGUAGAGGGGGGGGGGGGGGGGAGGAAGGAGAGGGAGAACUUUAAGGAUAGGGUGGGUACUUUUUUUGUUUUGCUGUUUUACCUAUUAUUCGUUUUCUCUCGUAGGCAAGUGUUGUCGUGGGGAGGAGAAGGAGGAAAAGGAGGAGGAGGGCAACGCUUGACGCGCAUUUUUCUAAAAAAGCAGCAUUAGCAAGUAAGUGAAGAACAAUCGAAGUGAAAUGUUUCCGAAUAAAACGAAAAACCAUUGGAAUUCGUCGUGUGGUAGAAGUGAAA